AUGAUAUGGAAUGAUAGAAACCAAGGCAUUAUGGGGAAGAAUAGAAUGAACGAGUCAAGAAUUAUGAGAGAUGCUAAGAUAUACGUAGAGUCUUUUAUAACAAAUAUUGAAGCUAAAGGCUAUGUUCAUGUCUUGACAAUAAAUCCAAGAUGGUCUCCUCCUCCUGUUGGUUUGUACAAAAUUAAUGUGAAUGGAUCAUGGAGAGAGUACAAAUGUAUUGGAGGCUUGGGAUGUGUAUUGAGGGAUGUGAAUGGUUGUUUCAUGGCCGGUUUUUUAAAAGGCAAUACAAGAGCAGUUGAGGUUGUAGUAUGUGAGGUUCUCGCUGCAAGGGAUGCACUAGUUUUUACUCUUGAUAUUGGACUUUCAAAGGUGGUACUUGAAAUGGAUUGUUCAGUGGUGAUUAAUGUAAUUAAGUACUCAGAUAGAGAGUUAUUAGAGCUCGGGAGAAUUUGUGCAGACAUUAAAAGAUUGGGUCAGAGAUUACAACACUUUGAGGUUCAACACGUACUUAGGAGUUGUAACAAAAUUGAUCACGUCUUGGCUAAAAAAGCUUUAGAUUUCUCUAAUAUAUUUGUAUGGAUGGAAGAAGCACAUGAUGAUAUUGUGCAUCUUCUUCUUGCUGAUUGUAGUAGUGUAGUUUCUUAA